GCCGUUGACAGUUCGAGAAAGUAAACAGCCGCGCGAAAGGUCAGACUUUUGGCGAAUGCUUCCAGUCCGGACCAGCUUUCCCUUCAUUCCUCAAUCCCCAUUUCAGAUUUUCGCUUCCUCCUUCUCCUACGGAAUGAUCAGAACUCACCGAUUCAAGAAACUCUCCAACCCCAAAACCCCCAGUUCUUCAACCGAGCUCCGCUGUGAACCUCGAACGAGGAAGAAGAAAAAAACAGGGCAUCUCCCCAAAUCGAAGCCCGCGACCGACCCACUAACCCAAAUCGCUCAAUUCUCUCCCUCUUCCUCUUCCGAGGGAUUCACCAUCCUCCCCAAAGAGUUCUUCCUUGCUGACGCUUUAGACCUCGCCCCACGCUUGCUUGGAAAGCUCCUCAGGAGAGACGAUGUCGUUCUUCGGAUUACUGAGGUAGAAGCUUACAGACCAAAUGAUUCUGCUUGUCAUGGUCGGUUUGGUGUCACAGCAAGAACGGCUCCAGUAUUUGGACCCGGCGGGCAUGCAUAUGUUUAUCUCUGCUAUGGUCUCCAUAUGAUGCUGAAUGUUGUUGCGGAUGAGGUUGGAGUUGGUGCUGCUGUGUUAAUCCGAUCUUGUGCUCCUGUCAGUGGAUUGGAGACGAUUCAGAAGCGGAGAGGUCAGAUCACAGACAAGCCUGUUCUUCUUACUGGACCCGGGAAGGUGGGCCAAGCGCUUGGAUUAUCAACAGAGUGGUCUAACCACUCGUUUUACGCUCCCGGUGGUUUAGAACUCCUUGACGCUCCGGAGCCAAAGAACAUCCUGGUAGGGCCUCGUGUUGGUAUCGAGUAUGCCUUACCAGAGCAUGUGAAUGCUUUAUGGAGAUUUGCCAUUGCAGGAACUCCAUGGAUAAGUGCUCCUAAGAACACUCUGAGGCCAUCCUGAUGGGAGGAGAUGGAGCAAUUUUUUGUGCUUGGAAUUAUUUUGUAUCACUGAAAUUGGAUUUGGGAAGGUUGUAUAUGUUGUAUUUUAGUUCAAUGUAAACAGAACAACCUCAUCUUUUGAAUGGAUUCAUCUUCAGUCUGAA